GAGCCCGAGAGGGUGCACUGGGAGAACGGACGAGCGAUGGUGAUGGUACGUACAAGUCAAACAGGCGCAAGAGGGGGAAAAAAAAUGGGCAAUCGGGGUGGCCCUGUAGCAAAAAGCGGGAGGCGGCGCAAGACGGGAGCCGGGGCGUUGUUGUCGAAGCGGCAACCAAGCAACCAAGCUGCGCCGGUAACAGCGGGGCAGGCCACAGAGUGACAGCGACGGCAGCCCAAUCGCAGCGUCGGCGGAUAAGAGGUACGGAGUAACUUUAUUAGGUGGCUUUUCUGCGAGCUAGACGGGGCAGCCGACUUGUGGGCGGCGACCGAGACGUGGGCCGAGGAGUGGUGGAUGAUUGAUGCAGAAGAGAUCGCCCAAGUGGCGGAUUGUGCAAAAGUGCGCGCACAGGCAGAGAGCCUUUGGUUCUGUGGCUUCUCUGCAGCGAACUUGGGCCUCCGACUUGCUCAGGAUUUCCGUGGCCGAUCCGGGGCCACGAGUCCAGGACCUAUGGGAGGCUUUGUUAUGGUUCAGGAGUGGCCCAGCGUGCUCGAUGUGCUGGCGGUGCUUGAUGGGGGCCGGCCAAUUGCGCUUGGAGUCUGGGUUCUCUGAUGCAGCAACGUACAGCUUGGGAAACGGCGGCGCAGAGCAAAUGGAAGACAGGGCCAGACGAGGCUCACAGGCUGUGAAACUCGAAACACAGGGCCAGUGCCGAUGCUCGGUACUGUGGGUAAGUAAUAGAGCGGAGCGGCGGGAGUGCGUUGGGCACCGUGAGAAACCGAGUCGCAGAACACCUCCGAAGCUUGAAAAUCAGACGAGCACGUCGCUGGCGGGAUUUUGGCAAACGGGGAGGCUGGGCUGGCGGUUUGUUGACAUUCAGCUUUCCGUCUCCCGCCAAGACCAAAAAGUUGCCCUGGCCAGGGUCGUAAGGUCUGGACGAGACGAACAGGGAAUGAGGGUGCCAAGGGCGAACCCAACCAUCUCCCCGCCACGGAGCAAGUUCAUGGUUUCCACUUUCCAGGCAGUCAAACAAAAAAAGAUGGAACAUAAAUAUAUUCGUUCUUGAGAGGCAAGUUUUCGGUUUGUCAACUAGGGUCGGGGGAAGCGUCGUCUACAGAUAGUAAUACUAAGUUGAUGCUCUAUUUGCUGAGAAGGUGGUUUAAUCUGGGUGUGAGCUGCUGUAUCGUACAAAGUACUGGCCAGCGACAAGGGACUUCAAGCUCUGAUGCGGGUCGUCCCGCUGUGGCGGGGAUCGUGGAACAGCCGUCUCCGUGGGGAGCCUGCCCACGUUUCGGAGACGGCGAAAUCGAUUCCCUCUGUACGGACA